AUGAGUGGCAACGAGAACUCAAAUAUAACCAUUGAAAACAGAUUCAUCCUUCUUGGACUUACUGACAUCCCAUACCAACAGGCUUUAUGUGUCCUAAUACUACUGAUAAUAUACAUAAAUACAUUGUCUGCAAAUCUGAUACUUCUCAUAGUAGUGAGGAUGAAUAAACAACUGCAGACCCCCAUGUAUUUUUUUCUAAGUAACCUCUCUAUAGUAGACAUUGGCUUCUCUUCCACCAUAGUGCCUAAACUGCUUGCAAUUACUGUGGCGCUUGAUAGAAGUGUUUCCCUGUUGGAAUGUGCUUUACAGAUGUAUUUCCAUUCAGCUCUAGGAGGCACAGACAGCAUGCUUCUGGCAGUUAUGGCCUAUGACAGGUUUGCAGCCAUCUGUAGGCCAUUACAGUAUAAUAUAGUCAUGAAUAAGAGGCUCUGCAUUUGCAUGGCAGUUGGUUGCUGGACUGUGGGUUUUGCUAAUGCCAUCAUUCAUGUUGUGCUUACAUUUAAGUUACCAUUCUGCAGGUCUCGCCAUCUUGACCAUUACUUCUGUGAAGAGCCUCCAUUUUUCAAACUCUCCUGCCAAGAUCCCUGGCUGAAUAAGGUUGUUAUGUACAUUGCAGCUUUUAUACUUGGGAUUUGCUGUUUGUUUUUGACUCUUGUUUCCUAUGCCCAAAUAAUCCGCACCAUUAUCAACAUCCACUCCACUCACAGGAGAAGAAAAGCUUUCUCUACUUGUGCAUCCCAUUUGACAGUCAUCUCUUUAUUCUAUGGAACCAUUUUCUUUAUUUAUUUAGGUCCUGGAACUACUUACUUGACUGGGGCAAAUAAACCUGUGUCUUUGAUUUAUACCGGUGUUACUCCAAUGCUUAAUCCUAUAAUCUAUAGUAUAAGGAACAAGCAAAUAAAAGACACCAUUAGAAAAAAACUGACAGAUCUUUUACUAAAAUAA